UCCUUGGCCGGUCGCUCAGUCUUUUGCAAAGGCGGCCCACGGUAUUUGCGAAGUGUGUGUUCCGCUGGUUUUUUGGCAGAGUUGGUGGGUGAUCCUCCAGGGCGACCAUGGCAGAGCCACAGCCUGCGUCCAGCGGCCUCACGGAUGAGGCCGCCCUCGGCUGCUGCUCCGACCCGGACCCCAGUACCAAGGACUUCCUAAUGCAGCAAACCAUGCUAAGAAUUAAGGAUCCUAAGAAGUCCCUGGAUUUCUACACUAGGGUUCUUGGACUGACGCUACUCCAAAAGCUUGAUUUUCCUUCGAUGAAAUUUUCCCUCUAUUUCUUGGCUUAUGAGGAUAAGAAUGACAUCCCUAAAGACAAGAGUGAGAGAACAGCUUGGACAUUUUCCAGAAAAGCCACGCUUGAGUUGACACACAACUGGGGCACCGAAGACGAUGAGACCCAGAGUUACCACAAUGGCAACUCAGACCCUCGGGGAUUUGGUCACAUUGGGAUUGCCGUUCCUGAUGUCUACAGUGCCUGUAAAAGGUUUGAAGAACUGGGGGUCAAGUUUGUGAAGAAACCCGAUGAUGGUAAAAUGAAAGGUCUGGCAUUCAUUCAAGAUCCUGACGGCUACUGGAUUGAAAUUCUGAAUCCUAACAAAAUAGCAGAGAUUAUUUAGUUCUUUGAGAGAGACGGUGGGGACAAGAAGCAGCGCAAGAGAAGAUGCUGAGGCCCCAGAAGCAUCGAGAACUGAUGGUUCUGUGCUCCAGCCGUUCUGAAAUCCCUCUCAUUAUCCUGUUUCAGUGGGUUUCUUUUCCUUUUUAAAUCUCCCCUCCUCUGUUUAGUUAACCUAAUUUUCAAGUACCAAUUUACCUUAUGACUUUGACAAAGUUAUGUGACUUUACUUUUUAGAUAAUAAUUAGAACGAUUCCCUCUGGAGACCAUGUCUGCUCCCGUCUGUCUCUUCAAUACUACUCAAGUCUGGUUUUGAUCUGUCAUUUAAAAUUUUGUUUUAAAUGUUUCUUUUUCUGUUGGGGGGCUGUUACCUUCUGGGGUUUCAAUUCCUCAGAAAUGACUCUUCAUAAUGGAAAGUAAAGAGCACUGAACAGAAAUGAAGCUUCGUGUGUGCUUCAAACAGCAUAGUGUUUAUUUUACAAACGAGAAGGCACUCGAGAGCAGUUCUGAAUCAUGCUGACAAGGACACUGACAGAAAUACUAAUUAUAUAUAUAUAGUACUUUCGAGGUUCAAGGACUAACUUUACUUUUCUAGGAAUGUGGAGAAGGAAGGGCUUAAUUUACUGGGUACUUAGACAGCGGGCUAGGCAGCAGCAUACUUCACGUGAGUGGAAACUGCAGUUACCCUGUGAGAAAGCAGAACAUACACGCUGACUUGACUGGGUCAUCAUUUUUGGUCCCUAGAUUAUGCCUCAUUGUAGCUUCUGCGUUAGUCUUCUGUGAAACCUGCGCUGAGCUUGGCUUUGUGCCUUUGCUCUCGAGCCUGACUACAGUGGAAGAAGCACAGAAGUCUUAGCACCAGGCUGGUCUAGGUGACAUUCUGUGUGAGGGCGUCUCACAUGAGUCUUCUCCACCCCAGGGUCUUCGUGAAUUCCCUUAGGAUAAAUUAUUUCCAGUGACAGCUCAGAUAUCAGGAGUUCCCUCAGUGGUCUGCUGACUGACGACGGAUUUCUAAAAGGCAGUUUUGAAAACUUGUGGCCUGGAGGAUAAAACCCAAUUUGAGGUCAAACUGCGUUGAAGUUUUCUGCGGCUGUAGCGGCAGAUGUCUGGGUGGUGAUGUCAAGUGCUACACGACUAGAAGUGCUUUGUUUCUUUUUGGGAUGGAAUGGAUAGUGUGAACAGUUUAAACAAAUCACAGACCGAAAUAAAACGCUGUUUAAUAUGGAAAA